CACAAGCACAGUCAGCAGCAGGACAGUGACACAGGCUGGACUGGGGGGAGACAGACUUGGUCGCUGGACAUGGCACAACUUCAGCAAGAUAAGCAGGAAAAAGAAGAAAAAGUCAGCAUGGGGGCUAUAACCAAAGAAAUUGAUCUGGUGCAAAGGGAUCCCAAAAAUAUUAACCAGGAGGUUGUGCAGAUUGACUUUGAGGAUGUAAUUGCAGAGCCAACUGGUACUCACAGCUUUGACGGUGUAUGGAAAGCCAGCAGUACGACCUUCACAGUCACCAAAUACUGGUGCUAUCGGGUGAUGUCCGCCAUCUUUGGUUUGCCAUUGGCACUGAUCUGGGGUUUCUUGUUUGCCUGCCUGUCCUUCUGCCAAAUUUGGGCCGUGGUUCCCUGUGUUAAAAGCUACCUGAUUGAAGUACAGUGCUUGGCUCAGUUUUAUGCUCUUUGUGUCCGUACUUUCUGCGAUCCUAUUUUCGAGGCAGUGGGAAAAGCUCUUGGUGGAAUUCGUGUGGCUUUGAGAAAAGAGGCCUAGUGGCAUGGAGUAUCUCUUUAUCUAACCUUGUACUCCAAGAUUUGAAGACAAAUGGACACUCACAUGUAUAUAGGGCACAGACAUUUUGGUUUACCCACUUUGAUGCCAGCUUUGUUGGCGUUACUAUCCAGGCACUGAAGACAAACUCUGCCACUUUAUGGGAGCAAAACAGUAAAUAAAAACAAUAGCCAAACAAGGGGUAUAAAUACCACAUUUUAUUUGCAUUGCUCUGUGAGCUCAAGAUACACAAAUAGCGAGAAGUUGGUUGGAAGAAACACCACAGAGAUUCUGAGAGUUCUGUGACUCAACUCAGAGUAAUAAACCAGCUCUGUGGAAUCUUUAUGGUGGCAGUCAUAUAUUAAGCAGUGCCAUGUAUUCAUUCCCCCCAUCCCAUAGGGAGGACUCCAUAGCAAAUUCAAAUAAUAGGACGACGAAGAAGCAAAUUAUUAGAAUAUACAGCUCUUUGAAUCUGUAACACACAAAUAACAUUGCACAAGUCAGACUGUGGAGUUUUCCAAAUGGGUUGGCAAGCCAACUAGCAGAGUGCUUCAAUAAAGAGUUCUUUAGGAUAAAGCCAGGACAGUACACAGCUUUGCGGGGGGGGGGGGGGUGAGGAACGGCGGAACGUACAGAAUGAAAGUCUUCUUACAAGAGCAGGGAUUCCAAAGCAAACCACAAGAGACAGUCUAACAAUAAGCAACGAGGCACCCCAGCCAUCUUUUGUGCAUUAACAUGGGAAAGUCUGUUAACCUCCAAGCUGCCUCAUGGACAUUAUUAACUAAUUUCCAAAUGUGGGGGGAAGAGUAAUAAUAAAAAAAAAAUUACUAAAUAAAAAUUUGUGUUGCCAGAA